AUGGCCCCCGCCCGGGGCCGCCUGCCCCCCGCGCUCUGGGUCGUCACGGCCGCGGCGGCGGCGGCCACCUGCGUGUCCGCGGCGCGCGGCGAAGUGAACUUGCUGGACACAUCAACCAUCCAUGGAGACUGGGGCUGGCUCACGUAUCCGGCUCAUGGGUGGGACUCCAUCAACGAGGUGGACGAGUCUUUCCAGCCCAUCCACACGUACCAGGUGUGCAACGUCAUGAGCCCCAACCAGAACAACUGGCUGCGCACGAGCUGGGUGCCCCGCGACGGUGCCCGGCGUGUCUACGCCGAGAUCAAGUUCACCCUGCGUGACUGCAACAGCAUGCCCGGCGUGCUGGGCACCUGCAAGGAGACCUUCAACCUCUACUACCUGGAGUCGGACCGUGACCUGGGCGCCAGCACGCAGGAGAGCAAGUUCCUCAAGAUCGACACCAUUGCGGCUGACGAGAGCUUCACGGGGGCCGACCUGGGGGUGCGGCGCCUCAAGCUCAACACGGAGGUGCGCGGCGUGGGCCCCCUCAGCAAGCGCGGCUUCUAUCUGGCCUUCCAGGACAUCGGCGCGUGCCUCGCCAUCCUGUCUCUCCGCAUCUACUACAAGAAGUGCCCCACCAUGGUGCGCAACCUGGCUGCCUUCUCGGAGGCGGUGACGGGGGCCGACUCGUCCUCGCUGGUGGAGGUGCGGGGCCAGUGCGUGCGGCACUCUGAGGAGCGGGACACGCCCAAGAUGUACUGCAGCGCCGAGGGCGAGUGGCUGGUGCCCAUUGGCAAGUGCGUGUGCAGCGCUGGCUACGAGGAGCGGCGGGACGCCUGCGUGGCCUGUGAGCUGGGCUUCUACAAGUCGGCCCCUGGGGACCAGCUCUGCGCCCGCUGCCCUCCCCACAGCCACUCUGCAGCCCCCGCUGCCCAGGCCUGCCACUGUGACCUCAGCUACUACCGUGCGGCCCUGGACCCACCGUCUGCAGCCUGCACCCGGCCGCCCUCGGCACCGGUGAACCUGAUCUCCAGCGUGAAUGGGACAUCCGUGACCCUGGAGUGGGCCCCCCCCCUGGACCCAGGCGGCCGCAACGACAUCACCUACAACGCCGUGUGCCGCCGCUGCCCCUGGGCGUUGGGCCACUGCGAGACGUGUGGGAGUGGCACCCGCUUCGUGCCCCAGCAGACAAGCCUGGUGCGGGCCAGCCUGCUGGUGGCCAAUCUGCUGGCCCACAUGAACUACUCCUUCUGGAUCGAGGCCGUCAACGGCGUGUCCGACCUGAGCCCCGAGCCCCGCCGGGCGGCUGUUGUCAACAUCACCACGAACCAGGCAGCCCCGUCCCAGGUGGUGGUGAUCCGCCAGGAGCGGGCGGGCCAGACCAGCGUCUCCCUGCUGUGGCAGGAGCCAGAGCAACCCAAUGGCAUCAUCCUGGAGUAUGAGAUCAAGUACUACGAGAAGGACAAGGAGAUGCAGAGCUACUCCACCCUCAAGGCCGUCACCACCAGGGCCACCGUGUCGGGCCUCAAGCCGGGCACCCGCUACAUGUUCCAGGUCCGAGCCCGCACCUCUGCAGGCUGCGGCCGCUUCAGCCAGGCCAUGGAGGUGGAGACCGGGAAACCCCGGCCCCGCUAUGACACCAGGACCAUUGUCUGGAUCUGCCUGACGCUCAUCACGGGUCUGGUGGUGCUUCUGCUCCUGCUUAUCUGCAAAAAGAGGCACUGUGGCUACAGCAAGGCCUUCCAGGACUCUGACGAGAAGAUGCAGUAUCAGAACGGGCAGGCACCCCCACCUGUCUUCCUGCCCCUGCACCAUCCCCCAGGGAAGAUCCCAGAGCCCCAGUUCUAUGCAGAACCCCAUAACUAUGAGGAGCCAGGCCAGGCGGGCCACGGUUUCACCAGAGAGAUUGAAGCCUCCAGGAUCCACAUCGAGAAAAUUAUCGGCUCUGGAGAGUCGGGAGAAGUCUGCUACGGGCGGCUGCGGGUGCCAGGGCAGCAGGACGUGCCCGUGGCCAUCAAGGCCCUCAAAGCCGGCUACACAGAGAGACAGCGGCGGGACUUUCUGAGCGAGGCAUCCAUCAUGGGUCAGUUUGACCACCCCAAUAUCAUCCGCCUUGAAGGUGUCGUCACCCGUGGCCGCCUGGCAAUGAUCGUGACUGAGUACAUGGAGAACGGCUCCCUGGACGCCUUCCUGAGGACUCACGACGGGCAGUUCACCAUCAUGCAGCUGGUGGGCAUGCUCAGAGGUGUGGGUGCCGGCAUGCGCUACCUCUCAGACCUGGGCUACAUCCACCGAGACCUGGCCGCCCGCAACGUGCUGGUUGACAGCAACCUGGUCUGCAAGGUGUCUGACUUCGGGCUCUCCCGGGUGCUGGAGGACGACCCCGACGCGGCCUACACCACCACCGGAGGCAAGAUCCCGAUCCGCUGGACGGCGCCCGAAGCCAUCGCUUUCCGGACCUUCUCCUCGGCCAGCGAUGUGUGGAGUUUCGGUGUGGUCAUGUGGGAGGUGCUGGCCUAUGGGGAGAGGCCCUACUGGAACAUGACAAACCGUGACGUCAUCAGCUCCGUGGAGGAGGGGUACCGCCUGCCUGCGCCCAUGGGCUGCCCGCGCGCCCUGCACCAGCUCAUGCUCGAUUGCUGGCACAAGGACAGGGCCCAGCGGCCUCGCUUUUCCCAGAUUGUCAGUGUCCUCGAUGCCCUCAUCCGGAGCCCUGAGAGUCUCAGGGCCACGGCCACUGUCAACAGGUGCCCGCCCCCUGCCUUUGCCCAGAGCUGCUUUGACCUCCGUGGGGGCGGGGGCGGCGGCGGGGGCCUCACCGUCGGGGACUGGCUGGACUCCAUCCGCAUGGGUCGCUACCGGGACCACUUUGCUGCCGGUGGAUACUCCUCCCUGGGCAUGGUGCUGCGUAUGAACGCUCAGGACGUGCGUGCCCUGGGCAUCACCCUCAUGGGCCACCAGAAGAAGAUCCUGGGCAGCAUCCAGACCAUGAGGGCCCAGCUGACCAGCACCCAGGGGCCCCGUCGGCACCUCUGA